ACACAUGACAAUCCCAGAAGCCCUGGCAGUAAGAGUUCUCGUUGGAGUUUGGUGGUUGGCUGUUAUAGUGAUUCUUGGUUGUUACAGCGGAACCUUAACGUCCUUCAUGAUGUAUCCAGGAUAUAAGAAGUCGUUAGAUGAUAUCUUUAUGUUAGUUGACGCCGUGGAAAAAGGAUAUUACACAUGGGGCACUGUUAAGGGAUCGUCCUGUAUGACGGAAUUUGAAAAAACACAUAGUGAGCUGUUGAAAAAGCUUGCUGACAAUACGAAACAAAGACUCAUCGUUAGCAACGUGAGCGAAGGAGUGCAAGAAGUAAAACAUCAAAAUUAUGGGUUCUUCUACAACGAAUUAAAUAUGUUGUUUGAAAUGCCAGCCAAUCACAAAAAGUAUUACGUCAUGUCUGCCGAUUAUAUAAGAAUGGAUUUCAUGGCCUUGGCUUUCCAGAAAAACUUUUUAUACCAGGAACUAUUUAAUUCAUUCAUCCGACGGGCUGUCAAAGCUGGGCUUGUCCAGAAGUGGAUGAAUGACAUUACUUUUUACCACUUCUACAAGAUUGACAAGAAUACUACGACGCCAUUUUCAGAUAACGAAAGACCUCUCAACUUAACAGACUUACAGGGUGCUUUCUACAUCCUUGGAUUUGGCUCAUUUUUAUCCGCCAUUUGUUUAGUUGUAGAAUGGCUUUUUUGGUAAGAAGAAAAUACAUAGAAAUAUUUAGUAAAUUUUGUAACUUAGAUCUAUAUUGAAUCUUUUACAUAUUCUUUAGUACAGGUUCCUCUUAAACACAUAUAAAUUUAAGGUGUUGUUCUAAGAAGAAUAGUACUUUCGACAAAUAAAAAAGGAAUUACUGCAAUCUAUAAAUGUCCCAACAGAUUGGAGCACUUUUGAAGGCAAUCUCUUCUUCAUCAGGAUGAAAGACAAAAGUACGUUACGAUAAAGAAUCGUUAGACAGAGUUAUCGGGAGAUAAAAUGACCACACAAUUUUGCCCCAUUUACUCUAUCUAUUCCUGUUGAAGAAGGGAGCACCGAUCGAAAGUUAUAUUCAUGAGACGAGAAAUAAACUGUGUAUUAUUUUAUGUUCUUUAAAUAUAAAGUAUAGGGAAUAUAGAGAAUGCUUCAAAUAAUGGGUCGAGAAAUAUGAUGUUCAAGUAAACUAGACAAAAUGUUUCUAGUGAAUCUUACAUCUUAACAUUACACAAAAAUACAAACACUAAACGAUUCUUUACUCGGCAUUAUCAGGAGUCAGUAACACAUUUCAAAAAAACGACCUCUUCAUUUUCAUUAGGAGUUUCAAAUGAAUGGACAAAUUUUCGAACGUCAUUUAUUGAAUUACUGUAGUCACUACAGUUCUGUAGCACUAUCAUACUAAUAUAAAACAGUAUGUAAGUCUAAAAAAAAUCAUAUAAUUGCAAAUAGUAGUUCAAGCUGAAACAUAUGUGUGAGAAUUGGAGUAGGGUUUAUUUUUGUAGUGUUACUAUGUGAUAUGCCAAAUUAAUUAAUAGGAUAUAAAAGCAUUUCAUUAUUAAUGAUUCUUAUUAUUAUUAGGGCCAGAAAACUAUCCCUUUCUUAAGUAACCACAAACUUCUGUUUUAAUUAUUAGACCAUAUUAUGAAACGGUUAUUUAUCUGCAUAUCGCAAUGGGGCAUUUAGGCAUAACGUUAUAACUUAUACCUUAAAAGACAAAGCUUAAUUAAAAGUUAACAAUCAUUUUGUAGGAAAUAAUUACUAAAAGUAAAGGAUACUUUUAACAGUGGAUAUGAAGAAAGUAUUUGACAUGGGACGGUUCAACACAGCUGGGUUUCUUCGUUAAGACAAAGCGCAUUAGGGAAGACUCAUCCUUGAAACGUCCCCCUCCCCCCAUCUAUGUGAAUCUGUUAAUAACGGCAACGAAAAUGAUACUAGUUUCAAUAAGGAGGACGUUGCCCCCCUCUGUUCGGGUACUGAUUUAAAUUAGAGUAGUUUAAUAACCAAAUGUUAGACAUUUGAGUUAAGACUGAUUCAAUAAUGAACUUCAAAUCUCCUAACUUUGUUUCGUUUCGAGAAUUACAAGGCUAAUAAAAUAAGUAUCCCAACCUUUAUGCUUUCAUAAGCUUCUUAAGCUAACUUAUAGGAACUAUUUUGUAAUGAUGAUACUGGUAAGCCAAAGUCGUUUAUGACUUUUAGAAAUAGAUAACUUGGGUAAAAUCUGUACAUAUAAACGUAUGCACUUAUAAAUUGGUUAAUAUUUAUAAUUAUAAUUAAUACACAUCAAAUUAUAUAUUAAAGAAAUGUAAAACUAAAUCUAGUUAAUGAAACGUUUGGACUAAAUAAGUCUAACAUCAGUAGCAAAUAUAAAGAAUAAUAUUGUCACAUCACGUUAGGUAUAACUUUAAUCUCACAAUUAGGCCUAGCUGUAAUGCAAUGUGAAAUUAGAAUUAGAUACUAUAACUAUAUUUAAAAAAACAUUGUCCUAAUAGAAUGUACUUGCUUUUAUUAAAACGAAAAGCAAAAGUUUAAGUGGAUUCGUAAAAGUUCGUUAGACAUAUAUUAGAUUAACUGCAUUAUAUCUUGGAUUGUACAUAAUGUUAUAUAGUAACUUUGUUCCUCUGAUGUUUAAAUGUAUUUUCGCAGUGAUUUAAAAACUGAGGUACGAUGUGACGCAAUAAUAAAAAGUAGAAGUAUAUAUUGACCAGCUCUAAACAGUAGCAUUAUAUUUGUAAAUCGUUUGAACAGGCGACGCUUUUUGUGUGUUGUGGAUUUUAAUAAAGUCCGUGAUUGUUAAUGAAGAACAUUGUCUAAUUUUCUUUAAUAAUGUUUUUUAUUUCGUUUCAAACAUACAUGUUUUUAUCAUAUUCAAUUAAUGUUUGAGUUAUUUUCAAAGAUAGGCAAAAUGGAAAACAUCAUUUUAACCAAAUUAUCAUACAUCAAUUGUUUCAAGUUUAACAUUUACCAUUCAUAGACAGUUUGAAGAAUGUCACCAUAUAUUGUAUAAUGAAAUAUAAUAGUGUAUAAAUAAGUGAAUUUCUGCAAUACUUGCAUGCACAGUACGUUCUUUUGUUUAGUUAGUGUGUGUUGUAAAGGAAAGCUGAAGUGUUAAAAUAGGAAUAUUCUAUGAUAUUGAAGUUGACAUACAUAUAGUAUGAAGUAUUCAGUUGUGCAUUGAUGUUAAAAUGAUGUUAAUUAUGCAUAUUAAAGGAAUAAAAUAAGAUAUAUUGAAGAAAAGGUGCAUUUUCUCGGUUACUAACACCAUUUAAACAUUUUAAAGAGUGUUACAAAGGUGUAUUUAGUAUGCUAAAAAGAUUUUCUUGCUUUAAAACAUAUUAUGUUUUUACAUUAAAUGACGGUGUUAUUUUUUAAAUCUUGAAAUAUUUUGAAACCUACACUUUGGUUUUAAGAUACUGAUCAACUGUAAAUAUUAGGAAGUUUUUGAAUAAAUUUACAAAACGUAUUCCUUUCCCACACUACUUGCUUUCAAGUAGAACAUAGUACUCUUUAAGAAUUUUGGAAAGUCUUUAUCUAAUGAUUAAAGUUAUUUUGUAACAUUAUUUAUGACCCAUUUUAAAGAGUUAUACUUUUCCUUAAAACAUUCGUGAUAUUAUUACAUUCCUUUUGAAGAAAACAUGCUUAAUUGUAACAAUGUAAGCAUAGCGUAAACAGGGCUUGUAUUGGAAAUUGUUGGUCUACAAAAGUUUGUUUGUAAUUAUGCACAAAGCUACACAAUGGGCUAUCUGUGCUCUGCCCACAACGAGUAUCGAAACCCGGUUUCUAGCGUUGUAAGUCCGCAGACAUACCGCUGUGUCACUUGGGGGGGUCUUAUAUAAGUAAGCAUUUUUAUAUACUUUAAGAAAUCCAUAAAAAAACUACAAAGUUGAUUAACUUAAAUACCUUUUGGAAUAAUCUCAUUAACUCUAAAGCGAUAUAUUUCUUCUCUUGUGUUUUCUUAUAUACUGUGGUGUUUCUUUAAUUAGAUUUGAUGAAAAUAAAAUUUUCAAUCUAACAAAAAAUUUUAACUGACUGAUUUUAACUUAAUAGUGCAAUAAAAAAUGCCUAAAAGUCCAUAUAGGGUGCUUAAGUAAUAAUUCUAAUCAUCUUUGUUCAAAAUUCACAAGACAACUCUCAACAUUUCGUUUUAUAAGAGGAACAAAGUUCAGAAGUACCAUUGCUUUUCUGUAAUAUUCAAAACAUAAUAUAGCUCUAACAAAUAAACAUGGCACUAUGGAAGAAAUCAUUGAGCACGUUUUAAGUGCUAUUAUACUAAAUAAUUUCAUUUUCAAAAUAUGUUUAUAAAAUUCUAGAA